CCCAGUGGCCGGGAGCCCAGCGCGCAGCCGGGUGGGCUGAGGGGCGGCGGCGGCUUGGGAGCCGGGGAAGUUUGGGCGACCGUGGGCAGUGCUGCCAUCCGGAGCCAGGUUGAAGCCGGAGGACCAGGGGGCGGGCGUACCGGCUUACGGACGCCCCCAGGCCCGCUGCCACUGUGUCGCGUCCUCUCGCCUGGAAAAGUGUUUACGCUUUUAAAAUGUCAUCUAUCAAGCACUUAGUUUAUGCUGUUAUUCGUUUCUUACGGGAACAAAGUCAGAUGGAUGCUUAUACUUCAGAUGAACAAGAAAGUUUGGAAGUUGCAAUUCAGUGCUUGGAGACAGUUUUUAAAAUCAGCCCAGAAGAUACCCAUCUAGCAGUUUCACAGCCUUUGACAGAAAUGUUCACCAACUCCUUCUGUAAGAAUGACGUUUUGCCUCUCUCAAACUCAGUGCCUGAAGAUGUGGGAAAAGCUGACCAAUUAAAAGAUGAAGGCAAUAACCACAUGAAAGAGGAAAAUUAUGCUGCUGCCGUGGAUUGUUACACACAGGCAAUAGACCUGGAUCCAAAUAAUGCGGUUUAUUAUUGCAACAGGGCUGCUGCUCAGAGUAAAUUAGGUCACUACACGGAUGCAAUAAAGGACUGUGAGAAAGCAAUAGCAAUUGAUUCAAAAUACAGCAAGGCCUAUGGGAGAAUGGGAUUGGCCCUCACUGCCAUAAAUAAAUUUGAAGAAGCAGUUACAAGUUAUCAAAAGGCAUUAGAUCUUGACCCUGAGAAUGAUUCUUAUAAGUCAAAUCUGAAAAUAGCAGAACAGAAGUUAAGAGAGGUAUCUAGUCCUACAGGAACUGGAUUGAGCUUUGACAUGGCUAGCUUAAUAAAUAAUCCAGCCUUCAUUAGUAUGGCAGCAAGUUUAAUGCAGAAUCCUCAAGUUCAGCAGCUAAUGUCAGGAAUGAUGACAAAUGCUAUUGGGGGACCUGCUGCUGGAGUUGGGGGACUAACUGACCUGUCUAGCCUCAUCCAAGCGGGACAGCAGUUUGCUCAGCAGAUACAGCAACAGAAUCCUGAACUCAUAGAGCAACUUAGAAAUCAUAUCCGGAGCAGAUCAUUCAGCAGCAGUACUGAAGAACAUUCGUGACUUGACCAGGGACCCUGGCCCAGAGCACAAAUGAUUAUGGCUCUUAAGUGUUUGCUGUAGAUAGUGGCCAAAACAAAGACACAUAAGAAUCAAUCUGUCUAGAUGAUAGGUUUGUCAUAAAUAGACUGAACAUAACGUGACUCCUUUGUAAACAAAUGAUCAGUAGCCCUGUGGAGUGCCAGUAUAGUACUGGACAGGGUUCCAUUUUCAAAUCUUCAUCAUCAUAUUUGUAUAUUAGACCGAAUAGCAGAGUAUAUAUAUUGAAUAGUAAGGCUGUUUAUCGGUGAGCUCUCUAGCUCUGGAUUCCCAUAAGCAAACCCAUUUGAGUUUGAUGGAGAUGACCAAGGGGAAAGGUUUCUCAUGCUGGUUUAGAAAUAUCCUGGCCACUGAAUAGCAUGUCUGGAGAAAAGAAAUUUGUUGUCUAGGUUUCAUUUUGAUAGUGCUGUCAGUACUAAAUAUAGAUCACAGGGGCCAGUACUAUCUUUAAUGCUGCUUGUUCUGAAGGGUAACACGGAAUACUAAGAGCUGGUGGAAAGCAGCAUUUGAUGCAAGGGUUGUUUUGAAAAGAAAAAUAGAUGCUGUGAAUGUACAGAGAGUAAAGAUAGGAUGUUCAGGUUUUCUGCAUAGUUCUUAACCAGUCUUGCCUGCAGUUUGGUCUUGAUAACAUUAGCAUGGCCAAUUACUCUAAGUACAUAAUAAAAUACAUUUAGAAAUCCUUAAUGGUACUGUUUAGGUCCUUUGUGUAACUGUUCAGUUUAUCUUGCACAAUUUCCCCAGUGGUGACUUUGCCAUGGGAACUCUCAAAUAUAUUUACAUUUAAAUAAGCCAGUGGUUUGACCCUCAAGGAUUUUCUAAGUGGCAUUUAAUUAUGUGCAUAUAAAUACUGAUUUUUUAAAAACUCACUAAUUAUUUGAUGGAUUAUAAAAACUUCUAUCAUUGCUUGUUCAUGUAAACCUUUGCUGUAAUUUGGCUUGGCAUGUUGCUUUUAUGCUUAAUCUUAAUUUGAUGCAAUGUAAACAUUAAUAGGGGACUUAAAAUAUUUCACUGAAAUCAGAAUUCAUAGUAGUUAAGAAAUGUGGCAUUAAGUAUUAAUGGCAUGGCUUUAACUACAGCGAUGGUAAGACCAUUCUAACUGGAAUUUCUUUUGUUAAUUACGGAAUUGGUAAAAUUGGGUGAACACAUAACAAUUUCACAAGUGUGAGAGACAACUGAAAAAGUAAUAUAAAAUUAAGUCAGUAAUACUCAUGAUGAUCAGGGCCUUACUAUAACUAUUCUCCUCAGAAGACCUGGAAUCUAGAAGUUCAAAUACCAACUCUUCCUUUCUUUCCCCUUGUGAGUUUAGAAUAAUGGUUCUGUAAUUUCACUGUAAGAAUUCAUUAAAAACGAAGUUUCAGAGC